AUGAACUCACAGCCUCAAGACAAUGCUAACUUUGAUUUUGAUCAUGAGUAUCACCCUGAGCAGGAGCUGCAGGACCCCCUACCGGAUAUUAACCAAGAAUUACCCCUCCUUCGACGUCGACAACUUCAGCCGCAUCCACCUGAUCAGAAUUUUCGGCCGGCUGCACUGCCUGAUGUUCGCGAGCCCGGAGUCGAUCAGGACGAGGCUGAUGCGCCAUCCCUCGUGCCUGUUGCAUUCAAGGAAAACGGCGAAAUUCGAUAUGCAUACCUUACAGCUGUCAUGGCCAACAUUUAUGGCCACCUCUCGUGGAUUCAGGCGACAAAUCAACUGAAUCAUAGUCUCAACAUGCUCCUGAUCGCGAAUGUACUCCCCACAUCUCCACGACCUGUUCGAGCAUUGGCCAGCGCAAAACGGCACCUUGGAAUUGACCCCGACCAAUGGAUUACUCAGUAUGCGAUAUGCCCUGAGUGUUGGAAACAUCACUCGCCUUCACAACUCAAGCAGCUUCUUUCUGCGGAAUGCUCCGUUCCAGCCUGUAAUGGUGUCAUCUACACUGAGCGCAGAGAUGCAAAAGGUAAGAUGGUCCGCACCGCUACAAAAAUCAAUCCGCAGGUGUCCGUCAUUGGCAGUUUACGGCGCAUGUUCAUGCGUCCAGGAUUCGCACAGUCGAUCCGCGACAGUCGGCAGGAUCAACCUGGACAGAACACCGAUGAAGAUUUCGUUAUGACGGACAUCCAUCAUGGGACACAGCGGCAUGACCUCGAGACUAACAUCCUACGUGAGGUUGGUGAGUUCGGAGCUGUGCGAGACCGAGCAAUGGAGGGAAGGAUGGUGAAGAAACUUACGGAGCGUCGUUAUGGCUUACAUCUGACUAUGAAUACGGACUGGAUGGGAAUCCUCGAGAACCGACCACAUUCAACCGGAGCAAUAUACUUUGCGAUCAAUGAUCUGCCUCGGGACCAGCGCUUCCUUCAGAUAAACGUCAUCUGCGCUGCCGUUUUACCAGGACCGAAAGAGCCUAACGUCCAGCAGAUCAAUCACUGCCUUGAACCAUCAACGAAGGAGGAUGAUGCUCCUUCAAAACGCCAUAUAACUCCAGGCGUCAAAAUGGACAUUAUUGACGAGGAUGAACCAGCUAACGUCUACGCAGACAAUCAGAUCCUUGAUUGUGACAUGCCAGCUGCCCACAAGUUGUCGGGAACAGCAGGCCACUCGCACGACAUGCACCCAUGUCUCUAUUGUGAUACCGACAUCACGAAAAUCAACACACGGGAAGGCUAUGACUACAGCUGGACAGCGACAGAUAAUGAUCAUCUUCUCCGACAAUCAUUCUAUUCACGACAUGCCAAUCCUAUCCGGCAGAAGGCUAUUCUCGAUGAUCACGGAGUUCGCUGGAGCACACUUAACCUCAUCGCUGGCUGGUUUCCCUCAAAGAAGACCGCGCUCGACUUCAUGCAUUGCAUAUUUCUGGGCAUCAUUGCCCAUCUAUUCAUGCGUGUUUUAUUUGCAGGUUAUAUGUUCUCCGGUGCUGGAGGUAGAAACUCGCCGAAGCAGCGCUUCGAGAACCUUAUCAACAGCUUUAAAUGGCCGAGUCAUAUCACACGUCUUCCCAAGAAUCUCGGCGAGAACCAAUCGCUAAAGAAAGCAGACGAGUGGAGAAGACUACUGACAAUCACACCCGUACUACUAUGGUGGUCCUGGAAGGAUGAGAACGACGAUAUUCCGGACACGGAGCCCCCUCAGCCACCCAAUACUCAAGCACCGGAAUUUUCACGCAACUGCCGGCGCAUCUAUGAUGCCGUGUUCCUUCUAUGUGCAGCCGUCCGUCUUCUCGCAACUCGAUCAAUAUCGAUGUCCCAAGCACGCAUUGGACAGUCUUUUUUGUCCCAGUACUGCCUUCGUUGCCUCGAGCUCAACAUCCAUCUCACGAUCAAUCACCAUGCAUCAAUGCAUAUCGCGGACGUGAUCAAGGCUUAUGGACCUGUGUAUUCAUGGUGGUUGUUCGCGUUCGAGCGCUUCAACGGGAUGCUGGAACGUGUCAAUCACAACGGACAUGACGGCGGCCGAAUGGAGUUGACACUGAUGCGUCAUUGGGUUCAGACCCACUUAAUAUACGAGUAUACCCUCUCGCUUCCACCCGACACUCACGCGAUAGAACGAGAGACACUCAACGAGAUUCUCAAGAGUCAAGCCCAGCAACGAGGGAGUAUGAUGACAGAUAUUGCUGUGUAUCAGAGCGAAGCUGCUCAAGGAAUCUAA